AUGCCGAGAGCCAAUCUUAACCACUUCAUCCAACUCCUCAAAUUCUCCACCGCCGCAACCACCAUCUGCAUCUUCACUCUCACCAUGCUGCUCGUAUGGAUCGCCUUCACACCCCACUUCCCCUCCUUCCGAGUGACGUCCCUCACUGUGUCCUUCCAUACCUUUAACAUCACCCAGCAACCAACUGAGUCGUUUCACGUCGGGGGCAUUCUACAAAACCCUAACCUGAUGCUCUCGAUAUGUUACGACAGUCUCAGCCUGGUGAUCUGGUUCAACAAUAUGCCCAUCUCCUUGGCUACGCUCCAAAAUCCACUGUUCUCGAACGGAGCCAAGACCGACACCCCAAUCCAAGCCCAGUUCGAGGUGGCUGGCACGAAGUUUCCUAGCGGCGCCGUCGGUGAAAUCGCUGCGCAACGGCGUGGUAAUGGUUCGAUCAAUUUUGGAGUCACGUUGACCGCUCGGCUUAGGUUCAAGUUUUAUUACUUGAGCUCCAGGACGUACUUUCUCGCACUAAACUGCUACCCCCUGCAAGUUGCCUUCUCUCUGGACGACAACAUGAGCUACCAAAACGUCACUGGAACGCUGUUUGAUCGAAAGUAUUACCAACCUGUAAAACAAGUGGAAAGGAAUAUCCGUACAGGCAAAGUGAUAGUAAAAGAGAAAUUUGGGAGGUUGGAAGAAGCACUUGUAGGACCUGAAUCUGAAGUUGAAACAGUGAUGGCGUAA